ACACAUUUAUCUCUAUAUAUCCACUUCCACGCUCUCUCUCUUAAAACAACAACGUCUCAUUCACCACACUUGCCCCACAAUCAAACUUUUCAAAUCUGUUUUACGUUCUCUUUGGCAUGAUUACUGAACCAGAUUCAAUUAAGUUAUCGUUCGUAAUUUGAAUGAUUUGAACAGAGAUCGGCGAGAUUCGGUUAGUAGAUCGAGUUGAGAUUUAGAAGAAAUGGAGCAGAAGCACAUUUUGUUGUCGGCAUUGAGCGUUGGUGUAGGCGUAGGCGUAGGAUUAGGGCUCGGAGUGAACAAGUGGAGUAGCGGCAGCGUGGACGACGGUGUCACGGCGGCGCAAAUUGAGCACGAGCUUUUCCGGCUUAUUGUUGACGGUAAAGAUGAGAAGGAUACGCUUAAGGAGUUUCCUUAUUAUCUCAGUGAGCGAACACGGUGGUUGUUAACAAGUGCUGCAUAUGUUCAUUUGAAACACUUGGAUGUUUCAAAGUAUACCAGAAAUCUUUCACCUGCAAGUAGGGCUAUAUUACUCUCAGGACCUGCUGAAUUUUAUCAUCAAAAGCUUGCAAAGGCUCUGUCACAUGACUUUGAAGCAAAGCUGUUGAUGUUAGACAUCGUAAACUUUUCUGUAAAGAUGCAAAGCAAGUACGGCCUUAAGAAAGACUCUUCUGGUAAAAGGUCCAUCUCAGACAUGGCCUUGGAGCAAGUGUCCAGUUUACUUGGAUCUUUCUCAACAGCUAAGGAAGAUGGUGGAGGAGCUUCAAGUAAGCAAAGCAGUGGCACAGUUGCCAAAUCUAGGAGUACCGAAACCGUUAAUCAUCCAACAAAGCAUCAUAGAAAUGCCUCUGUUUCUUCUGAUGCAGGUGCCAUCAGUUCUCCCAGCCCUUCAAAUUUAGCUUCUGUCAAGCGUGUAAGCAACUGUCCUUUUGACGAGAGAGAUUUCUUGCAAGCACUAUACAAGGUUUUAGUCUCUUUUUCCGAAACAAAUGGGAUCAUUCUUUAUAUAAAAGACAUAGAGCGGUUUCUUCAAUCCCCACGGACGUAUCAACUGUUCGAAAAAAUGUUGAAAAAACUAUCAGGGUCAACAUUAGUUCUUGGUUCCAGGAUGGUGGAUGCAUAUGACGAAACUACAAAUACAAAAGUCAACGAGAAAAUUGCUUCCUUGUUUCCUUACAAUAUUGAAAUAAAACCUCCUGAAGAUGAGUGCCAUCUCAUAAACUGGAAAGCACAAUUAGAAGAGCAAAUGAAGGACAUACAGUUUGAAGAGAACAAAAAUCAUAUUGCUGAGGUGUUAGCAGCAAACGACCUCGAGUGUGACGAUUUAGGUUCAAUCUGUCACGCGGACACAAUGUUUAUCAGUAAUUACAUUGAAGAAAUAGUCGUUUCUGCACUUUCGUUUCAUUUGAUGAGUGAAAAAAAUCCGGAGUACCGAAAUGGAAAGCUCAUCAUAUCAUCUACCAGUUUGUCACAUGGAUUGAACAUCUUCCAAGAGGGUUAUGGUGGAAAAGAUACUCUGAAGCUGGAAACAAACGCUGACUCAUCAAAGGGACCAAAUGGAGAAGAAAAUGCUGCAUCAAAAUCCGAUAACAAAAACGAGACAGAAAAAUCAGUUCCUCCAAAACCGGAGGUCCCCGACAACGAAUUUGAAAAACGCAUAAGACCCGAAGUUAUCCCAGCGAACGAGAUCGGUGUAACAUUUGCAGACAUUGGAGCGUUAGAUGAGAUAAAAGAAUCACUUCAAGAACUAGUAAUGCUUCCUCUUAGAAGACCAGACCUUUUCAAUGGAGGUCUUCUUAAACCCUGCCGUGGAAUAUUACUAUUCGGCCCUCCGGGCACUGGCAAAACGAUGCUGGCAAAAGCAAUCGCGAAUGAAGCUGGAGCCAGCUUUAUAAACGUAUCAAUGUCAACAAUAACGUCGAAAUGGUUUGGGGAAGAUGAGAAGAAUGUGAGAGCUUUGUUCUCUCUAGCUGCCAAAGUUUCUCCAACUAUAAUAUUUGUGGAUGAGGUUGAUAGUAUGCUUGGUCAGCGAACCAGAGUUGGCGAACAUGAAGCCAUGAGGAAGAUUAAAAACGAGUUUAUGUCACAUUGGGAUGGAUUGUUGACUAAACCUGGUGAACGGAUUCUUGUUCUUGCUGCCACGAAUAGACCGUUUGAUCUUGAUGAAGCCAUCAUUAGACGGUUUGAGCGCAGAAUCAUGGUGGGUCUACCGUCGGUUGAAAGCAGAGAAACAAUAUUGAAAACGCUCCUUGCAAAAGAAAAGGUAGACGACUUGGACUUUAAGGAGCUUGCAGUAAUGACGGAAGGAUAUAGCGGAAGCGAUCUUAAGAAUUUGUGUGUAACAGCAGCUUAUCGACCUGUGAGAGAGCUAAUGCAGCAAGAGAAGCAAAAAGAUAUUGAGAAGAAAGGCGAUGAGGAAGAGAGCGAAAGUGUGAUUAAACUGAGAGCUUUAAACAUGGAAGAUAUGAGGCAGGCAAAGAAUCAGGUGGCAGCAAGUUUUGCUGGGGAGGGAUGUGUAAUGGGUGAGCUGAAACAGUGGAAUGAGUUAUAUGGUGAAGGGGGUUCAAGAAAGAAAGAACAGUUGACGUACUUCCUAUAAAUGGUAAUGCCAAUCCGAAAGUGUUGUUUAUUGUUGUUGUUGGAGUUGAAAUGUGAAAUGUAACAUAAUUAUGUUUAUCGAUUUAUUUUGUAAUACAUCUAGACAGUGGACUGAGGAUUGGAAAUUAUUAAGUCAUUUUGUUGUAAAUUAUAUGGUUUGAUUUUUGGUUGA